UACAAUUAAAAACUCAAAAUAUAAAGCAGAAAUGACAAGAAGCAAGGCUAGAGAGUUUGCCGUCUCUCUCCCUCUCUCAAGUCUCAAUGUGGCAUGGAACUAUGUAUGUACCCAAUUGCUAGGAGUGAAAGUCUCAAAAACACCAUAAAAAAACAGAACCACUUCUCUCUUUCUGAUCGCCAAGCCAACCCAAGCCUCGCCGUGUUCCAUCCAUCUUUCUUAAUUGUUCCACUUCCCGAUCGUCAUCAUCAAUGAAGCCGCCGCCACACUUCCCUCUGAAUUCCAAGAAAAAGAGAGUGUUCAUGGACCCUGACGUGAUCGAAAUCCCACCCCCUCCAACGCCGAUUGUUUCUCGCUGUAGCAGCACCAAGCAACCUAAAAACAAACAGGUUAUUCUUCAUGAAAUAAUUGAUGUUGACAAGGAAGAAGAUCCUGUUGAUGUGAUGAUUCUUGACAAGAAAUUUGACAUAAAGAAUAAAGGGAAAUCUAUAAGAGAGAAUUCUGAUGGUUUCAGUCAAGCUAAGGAUGGCAUUUCCGAUCAUCUUUUCAGUUCAUCCCCUGGAGCAAAUAAUGUGAUUAACGUGGAUGGUCUUGAUUCUGACUCAUUGUAUGAUGAUGGUGCAUGUAUGGAUUUUUAUUCUGAUGACUUCAUGGAGUUUGAUGAGUAUUCAUAUUUGCAAUCCCAUUUUGACAAUGUGGAUAUUCCUCCUGGAGUGGAGGCGCCCAUUCCUUGGCUGCCAAAUUCUGAUAAUAAUGCAAAGAAAACUGCUAAUGGGACUAAUUCUUUCAAUACAAGCAAUCAAAUGCAAUCUAAUGGUGGGGGUUCAUGGUCAUUGAAGCCUGCCCAUGCAAGCAAGAAGCUGAGUUCAGGGAGUGGUUCAAGUUUUCAUAACCCGAUGGAUUCCGUGAGUCAUGCUUCUGGAGUGAACCUGUCCUCUCCUUGGUCAUUUCCCCAGGCUGCCCAAAGUAAGAAAGAAAAAAGCAUUUCACAACAUGGGAGGAGUGCCUUGAAUUUUCCACCUUUCCAAAGUAAAAAAAAGCCAGCCACUUCAAAUAGUUCAACUGAUUAUGGCUAUGCAAAGCACCUAGGCGAUGUUAUGCUCCCUCAUGGAGUCGGGCCAGCACAUUUGGGACAUACCAGUCUUGCUCCUGAAUUUUAUCCAACCCCCCCCUCAUUUGUGGGAGGAUUGCAUCAUUUUCCUAUUAUUGGCCCUUCCAUGUCUACGUUUAUGUCGAAAUUCAAAAAUUCAUUUGAUAACCAUACAAGUCAUUCAAAUUUUUAUGAUCCGUUCGAUGCUUUACAUAUCCCUCCUGAAGAAAAGGCUGCUGGAACUCUGAAAAAUGUAAAUAAAGAUGAUAUCCUCAGAAAGUUUCAACUAUUCAAACGAUUUGAUACAGUUGAAGAUCAUUCAGACCAUCACUAUACUUCCAAAGGUUCUUUGAUGAAGCAGCCACCAAAGACAUGGGCAAAGAGAAUUCAGGAAGAGUGGAGAAUCCUGGAGAAUGAUUUGCCAGAUUCUAUAUUUGUUAGGGUUUAUGAAACAAGGAUGGACCUAUUGAGGGCUGUAAUUAUUGGAGCAGAGGGUACUCCCUACCACGAUGGUCUCUUUUUCUUUGAUGUUUUUUUCCCCGCUGGCUACCCCAAAGUACCACCGCUUGUCUACUACCAUUCUGGUGGUCUUCGACUCAACCCAAACUUGUACAAUUGUGGGAAGGUAUGCCUCAGUCUUCUUGGAACCUGGCAGGGUAACAAGAAUGAGAAGUGGCAGCCUGGAGUCUCUACUGUGCUACAAGUUCUAGUAUCUAUACAAGCAUUGAUAUUGAACCAGAAGCCCUUUUUUAAUGAGCCUGGAUAUGAACUGCUGAGUGGUUCAGCUAACGGUGAAAAACGAUCUCAGGAGUACAGUGAGAGUACUUUUUUCUUAUCACUCAAAACAAUGGUUUACACAAUGAGGAGGCCGCCUAAGCAUUUUGAGGACUUUGUGCUGGGCCAUUUCAACAAGCAUGCUAAUGAUAUUCUCGUGGCAUGUAAGGCGUAUAUGGAUGGUGCUCAGGUAGGGUGUCUAGUCAAAGGUGGGGUUCAGGAUGUUGACGAGGGGGAUAAGAGCUGCUCAAAGAGUUUUAAGGACUCCUUGCCUGCCUAUGUCGAUAUGCUGGUGAAGCAGUUCUCACAAAUCGGAGUUCAGGACACUGAAAAUUUCCAAACAUCAGAAAACGGUGGGAUACUGAUCGAUUAAUAGGCCCAUGACUGCAAUAUAAAUGAGUUAUCGAUGAGAAAUCAAUUUUGAAACUCGACGGGAAGUGUCUUUACAUACCUGACAUGCAAUAUAGGUUUUCUGAUUCAUAUCAAGAAGUUAGAUGGCUAUUCCUAUAGGAUGCUUAUUUUUAUUUUUCCGAAUUGUACAUGGAUCUAGACAAGGACAAGUUCAUAAAGUUUUAUCUAAUUAUUCAGUUACAUUGUA